GUAAAACCUUAUCUUCCCGGCAACUCAAUACUCUCUCCCCUCUGGGUGAACACCGGACACCAGGAGCAAGUGAGUGCCGUAUCGUGAUUUCACUGCCACUCUGUUAAAAUCCAAAAAACAUCUUCCUCUACGCCAUGUCUCUGGCCACCUCAAAGACCAUAAAAUGCAAAGCGGCAGUGUCGUGGGGUGUCGGGGAAGCACUGAAGGUGGAAGAGAUACGAGUGGAUCCCCCGAAAGCUUCUGAAGUUAGGAUUAAGAUGCUGUGCGCAAGCCUCUGCCACACUGACAUCCUUUGCUGCAAUGGCAUUCCUUUCCCCAUCUUCCCCCGAAUUCCUGGUCAUGAAGGUGUUGGGAUGGUGGAGAGUGUUGGGGAAGGAGUGACGGAGGUGAAAGGAGGAGACAUAGUGAUACCAACCUACGUAGGGGAAUGCGGCAAGUGUGACAACUGUCAAUCGGGAAAGUCAAAUCUAUGUCAUACCUACCCGUUGAAAGUCGACGGGCUAAUGCCUGAUGGAACAUCCAGGAUGUCAACCAGCAGUGGGACGAGAAUCUAUCACCACUUCACAUGCUCCACUUUGUCCGAGUACAUUGUCAUUGACGCCAACUACAUUGUCAAGUUCGAUCCCAGGAUCCCUCUCCACCAUGCCAGCUUCAUGUCCUGUGGCUAUUCCACCGGCUUCGGCUCCACAUGGAGGGAAGUCCAAGUUCAUAAGGGAUCCUCUGUCGCUGUAAUCGGCAUCGGUGCUGUUGGGCUUGGGGUAAUAGAGGGAGCUCGGACACAAGGGGCAGCCAGGAUAAUUGGGGUGGACGUAAACGAGAAGAAACGAACAAAAGGGGAGGUGUUUGGAAUGACUGACUUCAUAAACCCAAGCAAGGAUUCUGAUAGACGUAUUUCAGAAUUGGUCAAUGAGCUGACUGGUGGUCUUGGCGUCGACUACUGCUUUGAGUGCACAGGAAUUGCAUCCUUGCUCAACGAGGCCAUUGAAUCCUCAAAAGCAGGGAUAGGUUCGGCAGUAUUGAUUGGUGCAGGAAAUGACACAAGCGGACAGAUCAACUUCCAUUCCCUUUUGCUUGGUAAGACAGUCAAGGGUUCCAUCUUUGGCGGGAUUAGACCCAAAUCAGACCUUCCCAUCAUAUUUGACAAAUGCUUAAACAAGGAACUCCAUCUCGAGGAGCUUUUGACUCACGAAGUUUCAUUGGACGAAAUAAACAAAGCAUUGAAGCUAAUGAAGCAGCCAGACUGCGUCAAGGUUAUCGUCAAGUACUGAGCACCCAUUCCCACCCCUCGGCACCGUUAAUUGCAUUAAUAAGAAGGCGUUUAUCUUGUUUUUAGAGUUGCAACCAAUAAUUAUUGUACACGUGACAUUGACAAUGAUUCUGUAACAUUAGGAAUCUUCAGGUUGGUUUCUGUGUU